AUGGAUUCGUACGUCAUCAUUUGUUAAACAGGCAUUUACUUGUCGUGGAAUUAAAGUGAAAAAACUGCAAUUUCCCUGAAAAAGUUGGAAAAGGUGCAUGAAGUUCCGGUACUUCUGCCACAUAUUGUAAAGAAUGCUGACCAAUUUUGAGACGAAAUCUGCUCGUGUGAAAGGGUUAUCGUUCCACCCUAAACGUCCGUGGAUUUUGGCGAGUUUACACAGCGGAGUUAUUCAGCUGUGGGACUAUCGUAUCAGUACUCUAAUUGAGAAGUUCGACGAGCACGAUGGCCCGGUACGUGGUGUCGCAUUUCACAACCAGCAACCGCUGUUUGUUUCCGGUGGUGAUGAUUUUAAAAUUAAAGUAUGGAACUAUAAGCAGCGAAGAUGCAUCUUCACCUUGCUAGGCCAUUUGGAUUAUGUACGCACGACCGUAUUCCAUCAUGAGUAUCCUUGGAUUUUGAGCGCCUCAGAUGACCAAACAAUCCGUAUUUGGAACUGGCAGUCUCGUUCCUGCAUCUGUGUGUUAACGGGCCAUAAUCAUUACGUGAUGUGCGCUCAAUUCCAUAUGAGCGACGAGGAUAUCAUUGUAUCGGCUUCUCUGGACCAGACAGUGCGAAUUUGGGACAUUUCAGGCCUUCGUAAGAAAAAUGUUGCCCCUGGACCAGCGGGCUUAGAAGAUCACUUGAAAAAUCCAGGAACAGCAGAUCUUUUCGGUCAGGCAGAUGCUGUUGUAAAGCACGUGCUUGAAGGACACGACCGGGGUGUUAAUUGGGCAUGUUUUCAUCCAUCAAUGCCCUUAAUUGCUUCCGGUGCCGAUGAUCGCCAAGUUAAGUUGUGGCGUAUGAACGAGUACAAGGCAUGGGAGGUUGAUACAUGCCGAGGACAUUAUCAUAAUGUAUCAUGUGUGCUAUUCCAUCCAAGAGCUGAUUUCAUCAUUUCUAACAGCGAAGAUAAGAGCAUUCGAGUGUGGGAUAUGACUAAGCGUCAAUGUAUUCAUACAUUUCGACGUGAAAAUGAACGCUUUUGGAUUCUUGCAGCACAUCCAAAUUUGAAUUUGUUUGCUGCUGGGCAUGACUCAGGAACAAUCGUAUUCAAACUUGAGCGUGAGAGACCGGCAUACGCUGUUUACGGAAAUUAUUUAUACUACGUAAAGGAUCGUUUUCUCCGAGAACUGGACUUUAACACAAACACAGAUACAGUCGUGAUGACGAUACGGGGUGGUGGUAAAGUCCCUGUUUACAGCAUGUCAUAUAAUCCAGCUCUAAAUGCAGUGUUAAUUUGCACACGUACUACCAAUCUAGAAAACAGUACAUAUGACUUAUAUAGCAUUCCCCAAAAAGAGAAUGGUUCACAGAACAAGGAAAUGGACAGUAAACGAUCAUCCGGAGUGACAGCAGUUUGGGUUGCACGUAACCGUUUUGCGGUACUGGAUCGGGCUAGUCAGCUAGUCAUCAAAAAUUUCAAAAAUGAGGUAACAAAGAAAAUUCAAUCACCUGUAUGUGACGAAAUAUUCUAUGCUGGCACUGGAAUGCUGUUGUUGCGGGAACCAGAACACGUUACCUUGUUUGAUGUUCAACAAUUGCGUUCCUUGGCACAAGUGAAAAUAGCAAAGUGCAAGUACGUUAUAUGGUCUAGUGAUAUGAACCACGUUGUAUUACUGGCGAAACAUACCCUCAUCAUUUGUAAUCGUCGCCUGGAUCUGCUUUGUUCCAUCCACGAAAAUGCUCGCAUUAAGUCCGGUGCCUGGGAUGAAUCUGGAGUAUUCAUUUAUACCACAUCGAACCAUAUCAAGUACGCGAUCAUAAACGGCGAUCAUGGAAUUAUACGCACUCUGGAUCUACCAAUAUACAUUACACGUGUUAAAAACAGUCAGGUAUUCUGUCUAGAUCGAGAGUGUCGUACAAGGCUAUUAACAAUAGAUACAACAGAGUACAAGUUUAAAUUGGCACUUAUUAACCGCAAGUACGAGGAAGUCUUGCACAUGGUACGGAAUGCCAGAUUGGUUGGCCAGAGCAUAAUUGCUUAUCUACAACAGAAAGGGUAUCCAGAGGUUGCCCUUCAUUUUGUAAAAGAUGAAAAAACUCGCUUUGGAUUGGCACUUGAAUGUGGUAAUAUUGAAGUAGCUUUAGAAGCAGCCAAGGCUAUGGACGACAAGCAGUGUUGGGAACGCCUGGCACAGAGCGCAUUAAUGCAAGGUAACCAUCAGGUUGUGGAGAUGUGCUAUCAGCGUACGAAAAAUUUUGAUAAACUAUCGUUUCUCUAUCUUAUAACGGGAAAUUUAGAAAAAUUAAAAAAGAUGAACAAGAUUGCUGAAAUAAGAAAGGACGUUUCAGCGCAAUAUCAGGGCGCUUUGCUACUAGGAGAUGUGAAAGAGCGAGUAUCAAUCUUAAAAAACUGUAAACAAACUUCACUAGCAUACUUGACCGCGAAAACGCAUGGACUGAAUGAGGAAGCAACUGUAUUAGCUGUCGAUAUCCAAGCUGAAGGCAAAGACCUUCCAGAGGUGAGUCCUAAUGCUAAAUUUUUGCGCCCCCCGGUUCCAAUACAACAAGCCGAAAGUAAUUGGCCAUUGUUGACGGUAUCGAAGGGUUUUUUCGAGGGAACUAUGAUGUCUCGAGGUGCAUCAACUGUUCACCAAGCAUUAGCACCGGUCGAAGCAGUUGAACAAAUAUGUGCUGAUAAUGAUGGGUGGGCAAUGGAUGAUGAUUUAUUGGAUGGUGAACGUUUUGAAGAUGCAAAAGAUGAUGACGAUGAGGCUGGUGCAGGUGGGGAUGGUGCAGGUUGGGAUGUUGGAGAUGAAGAUCUGGAACUUCCAGAAGAGCUUGUUUCCAAACUAUCCGACACAAAUAUUUCUAAUAGGAAUUUUUUCGCGGCUCCGCCGAAAGGAAUGCCAAUUUCUCAUUUUUGGUCCAUAAAUUCACAACUGGCAGUUGACCAUUUGCGGGCUGGAGCACUAGACUAUGCAUGUCGUCUGUUGCAUGAGCAAGUAGGGAUUGUUAGUUUUGAACCAUACCAAGAACUGUUCUUGGAAUCAUGCAUUGCAGCCAAAACAUCCUACAAAUGUCACCCACACGUAUCGCCACUACUUGGUCAUCCCAAUCGUAACUGGAAGGAGUUAAAUCCAAAAUCGUGCCACCCAACUCUUGCACUCAAAUUGACUGAUUUAGUUCAAAGCCUGCAGUCUUGUUAUCAGUUGACCACAACUGGCAAAUUCGGUGAGGCGAUUGAAAAAUUGCAGUGUAUCAUUCUUUGCGUCCCCUUACUAUCGGUUGAUACUCGCCAAGAACUAGCGGAGGCUCAACAAUUGCUCACUAUCUGUCGUGAAUAUGUGGUUGGUCUGCAAAUGGAAACAGAACGUAAGAUCCUACCGAAAACCACACAAGAAGAACAGAAACGUAUUUGCGAACUUGCAGCAUAUUUUACACACGUCAACUUGCAACCAGUUCAUCAGAUUCUAACUUUGCGUACAGCGUUAAAUUUGUUCUUCAAACUUAAAAAUUACAAGACGGCCGCAUCGUUUGCACGCAGGUUGCUUGAACUCGGUCCUCGGCCGGAAGUGGCCCAGCAAACUAGAAAAAUAUUACAGGCUUGUGAGGUGAAUGAAGUAAACGAACAUUCCUUACUAUACGAUGAACACAAUCCAUUUACAAUAUGCGCGGUAACUUACAAACCCAUAUAUCGGGGAAAUCCUGAAGAAAAGUGUUCUCUUUGUGCAGCCUCUUAUCAACCGCAAUACAAAGGAAUAAUAUGCGUGGUGUGUAGAGUGGCUGAAGUAGGCAGGGAUGUUAUUGGUUUACGUAUCAGCACAUUGCAGUUUAAACAAUGAAAACGGUUCAUCUGCAUCUAUCAAUACGCUAUUUAGAGUUCUUCCUAGAGCGUUAACAAUAAAAAAAUAAAUGUUUUUCACUAUGUAUGUAUUGAUUACGACACGAUAAAUUUGCAAUAAAAAUACCAUAAACUGUA